AUCCAGUAAGAAGCUGGGAAUUUCACCAUUAGUUUUCGUCGAAUUAUCUUCGGAUCGGCAGUGGCCGACAAAAUAUUUCAAGAAAAUCUUCGCUUCGGCAGUGGCCGACAAAUUGUGAAGUUCCUGCAUAUUAUCUCAACGGAUAUAAUUGAAGAAGAACAGGUAGGAGAAUUUUCUAUAUCAUUUUGAUUAAAGAAUCUUGCAAGCAUUUAUUUUAAGAUUUAUAUAUUUGUGAAUGACUUUUUCAAGAAAAAGAAACUGCUUGAAUGUGUUUAUUUUAGAAAUUUCUAUUUUGAAGAAAUAUUAGCAUUAUUAUUAUUAUCGUUAUUAUAUUAGCAUUUGUUAUUAGGAAAAAUAAAGGCAUAUUCAAAAUGUUUAAAAAUACAAAAAAGAAAGAUUUAAUUAUUGUCGCUGAAGCAAUAGGUGAGGUAGUUCCGGAAAAAACAAAUAUUGUGAAGCUUAAACAAAUUAUAGAAAAUAGCCAAGCGGCUAAAGAUGAUUUGGAAUUUGUUAAAGACAUUAUCAUUUCAACUGUAGAGGAACGCGAAAAAAUAGAAGCAGAGGAACGCGGAAAAAUAGAGGCCGAACGAGCGCGUGAAGAGGCAGAAAGAGCGCGUGAAGAGGCAGAAAGAGCGCGUGAAGAGGCAGAAAAAGCGCGUGAAAAGGAAAGACAGUUUGAAUUAGAAAAAUUAAAACUAACUUUAGCUCAUGAAGAAAGUAUGAGAAACGUUCAAGCGACCGGAAUAAGUAGUCCUAACGGACCUCCUCAAGAAAAUCAUGCGGAGUCCAUCGAACAAAUAAUUAAAAGCAUCCGCACAUUAACAAUGCCAAUACCAACUAAAUCAGAAAAUUUCAAUUUGUUUUUCAAUAUUUUGGAACGUGCUUUCGAAACAAAACAGGUUAAAACUGAAUACAAAGCCGAAGUCCUUCUAAAUUUGUUAGGCGAGAAAUGCCGACAUGUUUUGUUAUACGCGAACGAAAGCGAAAUAAAAGAUUAUGACGAAAUCAAAAAAAUAGUGUUAAGAGAAUUCCAACCAUCUGCUAAAGAAUGUUGGGAUAACUUUCAAGCCGCCAAAAGAUUUAAAGGGGAAAAUCACGUGCAAUUCGUCUCAAGAUUAAAAGCAAAUUUAGAAUAUUAUUUGGAACUAAGAAAAGUGAAAGAUUUCGCGACCCUUUGUGAACUAAUUGUAACCGAUAAAUUAACCAGCACUCUUGACAAGGACACAUCCGAGCACAUUUUGAUCAAACAAGGCUCCGACUGGUUAAAACCGCUGAUGUUAGCAAAAGAAAUAGACAUUUACUUUCGCGCAAGAAAUAAAAGUUUGUUUUGGGAAGAGAGUAGAUAUACACAUGACUACAGCUCAAGGCUGCGCGUCAAUAAUUCCCGCCAAAAUAAUGAUCAUGUACACGGUGGAAAUAUUGAUAGGAAAACUUGUUUUAAAUGUAAUUCUACAUCGCAUUUAAUAAAAUUCUGUCCCCAAAAUGUUGAUGCUAGACAACAUAACAAUCAGGGAAGAUCCCAUAACUCAAAUCCUGUAAACUCCGUGUUAAAAUCAAAUGAAAUUCCACAAGAAUUAAUAAUCGCUGAGUUGGAAUACGCAGAUAUUAUUGUAAACGACGUUCCUAUUAAAGCUUUGGUUGAUAGCGGAAGCGUAUUAAUGAUUAUUAAUCCUAAAUAUGUAAAGAAAUUAAAUUAUGUAGGACGUAGCACAAAAAUUAAAUUAGCGAACAGUUCAAUUGUCAGUCUUCCGUUAGUGGCGAUAGAUAUUAGUCAUGUUAAUAAAAAUAUUGAAUCGGUAAUACAAAACUGUGUCGAAUGCAUCCUAGUCAACCGGAAGCGUGGUAAACCUGAAGGGUUCUUACAUCCUAUUCCGAAGGAAAACUUUCCUCUAAGUACUUACCAUGUUGACUUUAUUGGACCCUUAGUGUCAACCAAUAAAAAUUAUAAUCAUAUUCUUACUAUAAUAGAUGCAUUCUCAAAGUUUGUUUGGUUAUAUCCUGUUAAAGGUGUAACUGCAAAUGAUGCAAUUACGAAACUGCAAUUGCAGGAAGCAGUGUUCGGAAAUCCUAUGCGCAUCAUCACGGAUAAAGGUUCCGCAUUUACCUCCAAAGAAUUUACAAACUAUUGCGCGAAUCAAAAUAUUAAUCACAUUCAAAUCACCACAGGAAUACCUCGAGGAAAUGGACAAGUGGAAAGGGUUCAUGGAACUCUUAUCCCCCUGCUUGCCAAACUUUCCAUCAAUGAUCCCACGAAAUGGUACACUCAUGUUCAAGCAGCACAACGUGUAUUUAACUCUACUGCUCCACGGAGUACAAAAUUUACUCCUUUCGAACUCAUGAUCGGUGUGCAAAUGAGGCAUAAAAAUGACCAGAAAAUUCUCGAUAUCCUACAGGAAGAAUAUGAGCAAAUGGUCAUCGACAGCCGCGAGGACAUCCGCGAAGAAGCGCGACAGAAUAUCUUGCGCCUUCAAGAAGAGAAUAAAAGAGCUUACAACAAGCGCAGGAAGAAAGCUACUCAAUAUAAUCCAGGUGACUUAGUGGCCAUACAGAGGACCCAAUUCGGCAGUGGUUUGAAGCUUCGCCCGAAGUUCCAUGGUCCCUAUCGCAUCACAGCGAAGAAGCCACACGAGAGGUACCUAGUGGAGAAAGUGGGAAUCCACGAAGGCCCCAACCAUACUUCUACAGCAGCAGAUUAUAUGAAGCCUUGGUCUACAACUGCAUAA